ACCAAUGUCACUAAGACAGACACUAUCCCUGCCUUUCUACUCCGUCCUUAGGAUAGAGAAAUAAAAGUGAUCAUGGCGAGAGGAGACACUGAAGUAGGGCACUAUAGCAUCAGUCUCAAACUAGUUUUAGCGCCUCUUUUUCAAACUCACACAAUUUAGAGAGUUGUCCACUGCAGAGCACUGCUGUUCAAAAUGUCUGGGAUUGUACUGUGAGAAGCCAACAGACGGGAUCUAUUAUUAAUAUGUCGUUUUAAAUCUCAGAGGAAGACUUAACCGGGAUUUUUCUCUCUAAAGUUACAGCCAUGUCGCUGCUUUGCGUUAGAGUAAAGAAAGCUGUUCUCCAUGGACAUCCAGAUAAGUUUAACGCAUAUGUCACACUGAAGGUCCAGAAUGUUAAAAGCACCACCAUCACCGUGCGUGGAGACCAGCCGUGCUGGGAGCAGGACUUCAUGUUUGAGAUCAGUCGACGGGACCUGGGGCUCAUUGUGGAGGUGUGGAAUAAGGGACUCAUCUGGGACACCAUGCUGGGCACUGCCUUCAUCCCACUCGAGUGUGUGCGGCAGUCAGAAGAGGAAGGGCCUGGUGAUUGGACGUGUCUGGAUGCAGAGGUCUUGAUGAAGGCAGAUGAGAUAUAUGGCACCAAAUGCCGAACGCCCCACAAAAUCCUGCUGGACACCCGCUUUGAGCUGCCUUUUGAGAUUCCUGCGGAUGAGGUGCGCAAUUGGGCAGACAAACUGGAUUGCAUCAACGCUAUGGAGUAUCCACUCCAUGAUGACAUUCGCAGCCAGACAAUGCCCUCCGCUGCAUCACAGUGCUGCAACUAUUUUGGAUGGGCCGACUCGGCGACUUUAGAUGAUUUGGACAGUGCUGUGGAUGACCGUGACAGUGACUAUCGUAGUGAGACUAGCAACAGCCUGCCCCCACGGUACCACACUACGGCCCAGCCAAACUCCUCUAUGCACCAGUACCCUAUGGGCCCACGCCACCAGCAGAACAUGGACUCCUGCACAGACUCUGUGCACAGCUUGGACCUGGACUACAGGGACCACCUUGUUAGCAGAGCCCCAAAUCAGAGAGGCAGAGUUAGAAUUAUCCCUGUAGAUUCAGGCAUGGGUGUGGAAGAUUGGGAGGCCAAGUACAAAGUACAGGGUAAAAAUGCCCUGAACGAUUUUUUGAACGAGGGGGAGUCUCACUGGAUCGAAGAGGACCGUCAAAGCGACAUCAUCCGCAUGUCAAGGGCCUGUCGCGAGACUGUGGGUUGCUCCUCCCAGCCCAGCAGAGAACCCAGAGGGAGGCUUCAGCCUGCUUACCCUGAAGGGUACGAAACGAUCGAUCGGCGAAGAAGAAAAAGGCUGCGGGACCCUGGGGGGUUUCUGCAAACUGAGGCGGAGAGAGAUGAACCAUUUCCUCCCGACCUGGCCCUGCUGCGCCAGAAGAGAGGUGAGCUGGUGUUGCGUCAGGUGGCGGAGAUGGAGGACGAGGACGAGAACAUGACGCCAUGCCUUAGGCCGUACAAGAAUGGCCUGCUGUACAAAACCAGACUGUGGGCCAAGAACAAGUUGGGGAACACCUUGGAGAAUUAUGUGGCAUAUCAAGAGGAAGAGGCUGCCAGAAUGAGAUGUGUUUCUUUCGACCCAGAUGUCGAUGAGCUCCAGUACCCGCUGGGCUCUGAGGAGGAAUUUGAAGAGUAUUUGGUGAACGCAAUGCACACUGAGGAUGGGAGGGGUUAUCGCCAUAGUAGAUAUACCAACUCCUAUGGUGGUUACUCAGAAAAACCUCUGGGUUAUCGGGAUAAGAAAAGUGGAAAGGGUAAAUUAGGUGGAUGGGUAUCAGAAGCCAUGUUAUCUCCCGUGGAAGAGCCAAGUGAUGAGUAUGUUGAUCCAAUGGAUGAGCUACAGUGCCUGGUUGAAACUGUGUCAGAGUAUCUUGCUGAGAAAGAAGAAGAGAUAAACAAAUAUGGCUCCUUGCCCAAAUCUCCAAAGUCAAGGUUGUCCUCUCAAGGUAGUACAAGAACAGAGUCUGUUGGAGAAGACCCAAGCAAUAUUUCAAAAGACGCUAAGAGUGAGUCAAAAGACAAAAAAACUGAACCUGAGCCUGAACCUGGCAUGACUGGUGUUAAGAGUGCCAUGAGUUCUCUAUUCAGCUCCUUUACUGAAAAGGUUGGCUCCGGUUCCAAACAACCCACUUCAAAUCCUGCUGAGAAAUCUGAGGCACAAUCUUCUGCUCCUAGUGACACAGGGUUAGCAAAACUCUUCUCUUUUAUUCCCAAGUCACCAAGCCCCACACCAGUAGCUGUUGUAUCACCUGAUCCAGAUCCUCCACCCACUAGAAGGUUUUCUUUAUUGCCAUUUCAGUCUGAUGGUAAGACACAACAAGGAAACUAUACCAUCACAACCAACCUUGGGGCUCAAAAUAUCAAUGUCAACAAAGCUCAGGAACCUUUCAAAAACUCUGUUUUGGGAAAAAUAAACCCAAUGAAAAUGUUUCCAGGUGAAGAAGCAGGGAACUCAACUGAUACAAACAAGCCAUCACUCAGAACUGGCUCAAAGGAUGGAUCUUUGGAUAAGCCUGAGUUUGAUGGGAAACAUCCAAUUCAGCAACAGCAGCCAAAGGUUCCUGGCCCAGGAGUCCUAGAGAAAGUCAAUAGUAGCUCUCAGUAUAUGAAUACCCAGCAGAAGACACAAGACAACCCAUAUUCAGCUCCAGAAAUUGCCAACAAAACAAUCAAUGUAAAACCUGUGAGCCAACCUCCUCCUCCAGACACAAGUUUCUUUAGUCCUUUCAAGAAAUCAUUCAGCUCAUUGAUAACACCAGUAAACCCUCCAAUCCCACCCCCUCAAUCUGUCACAGUUUUUCCUGUGUUCAGAUCAACAGAAAACAUGAGCGUGCCAGAAGAGCCACAGCCACCUAAACCAGAGGGUGGCAUGCUUUCUGGGUUUCUGAGAUUUGCUUCAGGAGAAGACAUCAGUACUCCACAAGCUGCAUCACAGAAUCCCACCAACAUUCAACAAGCCUCCGCUGUGGGCACAGCAACCUCUGGAAACCCUGGCAAUAGACCUCAGCCCCAGAGUCGUGCUUCACUUAUUGAAAACCAGCCCAAGGCUGCCACAGAAACAGGGUGGUUCUCCAACCUUUUCAAAGCAGGUGAAAAUCCAGCAGGAGCAAGUCCACCACCCCCAGGUCCACCACCCCCAGGUCCAAGACCUCAAGGUCCAAGAUUUCAAGGCCCAAGACCUCAAGGCCCAAGACCUCAAGGCCCACCUGGUCCAAAUCAGGGAGUUCAGGGUGGCCCACAGCGAAAUCCUCAAGGGCAGAGGCCAAUGCAAGGACGGCCUCCUCAACAGGGACCGCCUUCUCAACAGGGACCUGUGAGAAACCCAACCCCUCAGCCAGAACCUCAAGGUCUAUUCUCAGGUUUGUUCAAAGCAACUUCCUCUGAAGACAUGUCUAGUGCCAGACCGGCAACAGGUGCUAACCCCAAUCAGCCUCAGCAAAGUGGACUGCUUUCUGGAUUUCUGAAAUUUGCAUCCACUGGCGAUUUGUCGUCCGUCAGCCAACCGCAACAGCAGACUCCAGCAAGCAGCCAAAGCAGCCAAACCAUUCAUCCACAAACCCAGCCUCAAAACCAGCCACCUCCCCCACAGCAAAAUGUCCCUCCUCCACAAACAGGGGGUCUUCUCUCAGGGCUAUUGAAGUUUUCUUCCACAGAAAAUGUUUCAAGUGAUGUGCAAACUUCACCUCAGCAAAGGGUUCCCCCUGCUAGUCAGAGUUCACAGCAACAACCACCAAACUCCUCCCAGCAAGCACCUCCACAACAAGGAGGCCUUUUAUCAGGUCUAUUUAAAUUGGCAUCAGCAGAAAAUGUAUCUAGCAAUCCAUCCCCUCCCCCUCAGCAACAGCAACAACCAGCUACUCGACAACCACAGCACCAACAAGGCAGCAGUCAAAACAUUCAAGGGCCGAGACAAAGGAAUCCUCAGUUGUCAAGAGCACCAAGCGCUCAAGUAACCCCACAACAAGAACACAGACCAGGUAAUCCUGGACAACCACAGGAGGCACCACCCCAACAAGGUGGCCUUCUGUCAGGACUCUUUAAACUUGUUUCAUCAGAUGACAACGCCACUACUCAGGCCACAACCUCCCAGCCCCAGCAAACGUCUGCACAUAAUCAACCCCCUCAAACUCAACAACAGCAUCGAAACCUGCUGAGGCGGAAUCAGAGUUCUUCUCAGGAUGGGUCUUCACAGCAGCCAAGUCAAUCUACCAGCCAACAGAAUCCAAAGCCUAUGUCAGUGCCCUCUCAACAUCAGGCUCAACCCCAGGAUAAUGCAAACCAGACUGGAAUUCUGUCUGGAUUCUUUAAUAAAUUAACAUCGUCAUCUGAAAAUAUACCACCAACCACCCAGGAGGCACCUGUAGAUACACAGAAACAACAAUCCAGUUCUUUGACGGGGCCAGGACAACAUCAAAGUAAAACGACUCGACAGCUGCCACAGCUGCCUUCUAAAGUACCAACUCAAGAGGCUGAACAAAAGCCAAACGCUCAACAAGGCCUUUUCUCAGGACUCUUUGGUCGGACCACCACUGAAGAAGUGCCUUCAACCAAACCAGAGCAUCGUCCAACUCAAAAUGCAGAACAGAGGAUGGUUUCAGGAAGUUCCCCUGGUGUUCUAUCAGACUCAUAUGCUUCUAGUCAAAAUAUUAACACUUCAGGGCCCACAUUUGAUCCUGCAAAUGUUUAUAGACGUCCUGGAAUGUAUUUUCCCAUCACCCGAAGUCAGAGAAGGAGUACCUUGGGGUAUAUGCCCAUGGCUGCUGACAGUGAGAGUUUAGAUUUGAGAACUUCUGCUAGCUAUACUCGUUCACUGCAUAAUAGACCAUCUUACAUUUCAAACAGCACUGGUAAUUUGCCCCAGUUAUAUUAUCAAGAUCCAUAUGAGGUGCAUAAUCCAAUGAUGUCUUAUAGCGUAGAAAAUCUUAAUUCUUUUCCACUGAGUAAUCCCAACUUUGUAUCCCAGAAAAGUCUACAUAGUAGUACAAAUUCUGUUCAUGGUAUGUCAAGUCAAUGCAGUUAUCAAGAUCCAGGAAUAUCUUAUACAGAAUAUGGAGACAUUCUUAACAAUGAUGAAGGAAACUGGAUGCAAGCAUCUAUUAUCUGGCAGCAGUUCAACAAUGAGUCACAAAAUGAUUACCCCAUGGAUGCAUCUUAUACACAGACACUUGAAGGUACUUCACAACAAACCUCUCAGCCAUGGGACACAUCAGGUGCAUACAGCAAUCAGCCUAAUUUACCUGCCCAACCGUAUGCAAAUAUGCAGUACAGUCAACAACAGUUGGCAAAUACACCAAUAGAUGUUCAGAGAAACAUCACUGAUCACCCCACCAAUAGGGAAAGAUUGUGGAGUAGCCAUAACAGUUUAGAUAGAUUGGGCAAUCAAGAGGAGGAUGGGGCACUUAAUCUGAGCACUAAGAGGGGAAAUGUCAAAUUUGGUAAAUGGCAUUCCUUCAAUGAAGGGAGCUCUUACAGUUUGAAUCGCGUUUCUUAUCAUGAGGGUUACUAUGAGGAAAGUGCACCAAACCUUUCCUAUGCUGCAAAUGGACAGUGUGGUUUUAAUGGAAACCAAGACUUUUAUCGACAAGGAGUGGAUUACUCAAGUCAUGGAGAUUUGACCAGGCGCUAUGAUAACUGGGGCUAUCCUAUAGCUAAUGGGGAAUUGGAAGAUAAUGUGUAUCUUGAAGAAGGGGAAUGGUACCACCAGUGGCUCUCACUUUUGGAACAGGGAAUGUGGUGGCCUGCUGAUGAUGGAGACUGUGGAUAUUUUGUCUACACUGAUCAUGAAUACAUCUAUGCCCUCCUUACAGAUGGUUCUGGGCAAUAUGUAUAUGCUUGCACACCUGACGGUGAAUUCGGGGUUAAUGGGCAGCCUUCUGGUAAUUAUCCCAAUGCUUGGCUCCAUGAUGAAAUGCUCAUUGUGUGUGGUUUUAAAAUGCCUCUGUGCAAUGAAGAUGAGCUCCUUUGGCUUCCAGGAGACCAGUCUGAUGCCCAGCUCCUUAAUGGUCCACUUGACCUGUCCUCAGCAUAUAGAAAAGGAAAUGAGAUCAUGAACCUGAACUUUGAACGUUUUUCACAGAUGUUUGAAAACUCUUUCUUGGGUCAAAAGCAACCACAAUUAGACUUGUCUUCAUACAGAUUAAACAAGGUUAGAAUGGAUGCAAGACGACAGCAUGCCUCUCAGGAUCCUUCUCUUCAGGCAGUUGAUCUCUCAUCUAAUAAUAAUGGUGGUCCAUCUUUUACAAAUGGAGUUAAGGAACUUCUCUCUCAGAAAGUGCCAAUCUCCCUCGGGUCCACUUUGACUACAAACUCCACUGAUUCCAAUGGUUGUUAUAAGCCCAGAGAGAGGCGUCAUUCACCAUCCCGUGUUAGAGUAAGGCAUGUUGAAGACACUUCAGAGGAAGAGUGGCGAAAACAUGUGGCACCUGGAGAGGAACAACCAAAUAGAUCAGUUAAGAAGAUUUCUUCCCUCUUGUCAUCUAUAGUUGGCAAAAGUCCAGAGUCAGAAACAAAAAAAGGCAUGCCUGGCAAAGAGAACAAGGGCCUGCUCUCUACAGGCUUCCAGAGUCUCAAAUCAAAAAUUAUUAAGGAUGAUACUCCAAUUGCGCCUCAAAGUGUGAAUAACCGGGCACAACCACCAUCAACAGCCUCAAGAAUUUUGCCCACACCACCAUCUACACAACCAUACACACCACCUCAAACUAUCUCUUCGUCUCAGAAGCCUAGACUCGCUCGGCAGAACACAAUGUCACAACAACCCACUGUGCCACCAUCCACAUCAUUGCCAAGCAACCAAUUUGCCAGAGUGUCCACUACAUCUCCAUCACUACCAAACAUUCAGUCUACACCAAAACCUGUAGAAACACCACCUGAACAAACUCAGGGAGGACUUUUUACCCGCUUUAAAUCUGCUGUUGGAAUGGAAGAGCCUAAACCUGAACCCUUGAAGACCCCAGAAUCCAUAACAAAAACGCAACAAGAGGGUCCGGCCCCUGGUGUUACUACCAGCAAAGAAAGUGUCAAAGCACCGCCAUCACAACCGCUCUCAAAGCCUGCUCAGCCACAACAUAGUCCUUCAAAUCAACCUCUGUCAGGUGCCAGUCAAAGAGAUGAUGCAAAUAAACUCUCACAAAGUCCUUCACAAAUGUCAUCACGACCCAAGGGAAUUCAGAAGCAACAUACACUCAGUACCUAUGGACCAGAGAAGCAGGCAGAAGAUUAUUUGCCUAGUAAGAGCAUGUCUCAAGUAUUCCCUCCUACCACCAGCACAGGCCCAACUCCAAGAAGGUCUGAAACCACGCCACUAUCUGGUCAAACAAAACAGGAACCUCAACCUAAACCAGCAGGUGGACUGUUUGGCAUUUCAAUUGGUGAUAUGCUGUCUGGAACACCAAGUGAACCAGAAUCAGCAGGGAAAGGUCUGCUGUCCAUGUUUGGUGGUCCAAGCCCUAAUCAGACUUCACCUCAAGCAGCCCCUAGUUCACAAGUGCCUUCAGGAACGGCCCCUCCCCAAGAACCUCCAGGAAGGGGAUUACUCUCAAUGUUUGGUGGUCUUGGCCAACAAGAUACUCCUCAAACAGGAACUACUAGUGCAACACAACCGCCAGGAGCAGCACCCACAAAAGAGCCACCAGUUAAAGGAUUACUUUCAAUGUUUAGUGGUCCCGUCCCACAACCAACAUCAACACAGGCAGAACCAACUCCAGCAACUGCAUCUGGACCUCAACCUUCAAGUGCACCACCUCAACAAGAACAACCUAAAGGUUUGUUGUCCAUGUUUGGUGGUAGUAGUCUUCAACAGACACCAGCACAAUCAGGGUCCAUUCUUGGCGGACUUCUGUCUGGACCAUCAAGCACAAACGAUAGCCCUGGGAAAGGUUUAUUGAGCAUGUUUGGUGGAUCUAGUCCCCAACCACCAAUAUCUGGAUCGGCUUCUGCUAACCAAGCUUCAGGGGCUGCUCAGUCAACCCCUGCAGCAACUAAUGAGCCCUCAAUUAAAGGGUUGUUUUCUGUGUUUAGUGGACCUAAUGCCCAACCCUCAACUCCACAACCUGCACCACUUGCAGGUGGUUCUAGUGUUCCAGGAGCUGCUCCACCCACUGAGUCUCCAAUGAAAGGAUUGUUAUCCAUGUUUGGUGCACCAAGUACACCAGCUACACCACCACCACAACCCAAACCUGCAUCAUCUGCAGGCCCUCCUGCUCCAGGUAUUGCCCCACCUAGUGAGUCACCCAUGAAAGGAUUGUUAUCCAUGUUUGGCGCACCGAGCACACCCGCUACACAACCACCACAGCCCCAAACUUCUCCACCUGCAGAUUCUAGUGCUACAGGGGCACAACCAUCACCAACUCUGGCUGUUACAGGAGAACAAUCUAAUGCCCCAGGAGCUACAACUACAACAUCUACACCGUCUGGUGUUCAAGGGAGUGCUCCACCCACUGAUUCACCAAUGAAAGGAUUACUGUCCAUGUUUGGUGGACCCAGUAUAGCAAGUGCACAACCAUCGCCGCCCCAGGCUGCUCCAGGUGAACAGUCUAAUAUUCCAGGAACUGCCCCAGCCAGUGAACCACCAAUGACAGGAUUACUGUCCAUGUUUAGUGGACCUAGUGCAACAAGUGCACAACCAUCAACACCUCAAACUGGAGCAGAUGAACUAACUAGUGCUCCAGGGGCUGCCCCACCCAAUGAAUCACCAAUGCAAGGUUUGCUGUCAAUGUUUGGUGGACCAAGUGCACAGCCAUCACCAUCUCAGGCUACCACUGGGGCAUCUGCUGCUGCUGGAGCAGCCUCUGGCUUGUUUUCAAUGUUUAGUGGUCCAAGUCCACAACAGAGUGCUCCCCAAACUGGCUCCCUUCUCGGAGGGCUUUUAUCUGGAUCAGCAAGCUCUACUUCAAGUCCUGCCAAAGGUUUAUUCUCAAUGUUUGGAGCCCCUAGUCCACAGCAGCAACCUCCAGCAAAACCGCAGGCACAAGCUCCACGGAAACCUCCAGGACAGGGCCCAAGACAAGGGCCCACUGUCUCAGCACCUCCAUCUGUCCCAGCCUCUGAGCCACCCAAAGAGAUGCCAGCCAAAGACCUGGUCCCAGGUUCUGAGGGACCAUCGUCACAGCCUCAAACAGAAACCCAGCAACCAACAGCUGCAUCAUCAUCAUCAUCAUCAUCAACCACAGCAACAGCCACAACAACAACCAUGUCUCCACCAGCUUCAUCUGAAACAAGUGAACCCCCUAAAGGAUUUCUCUCUAUGUUCGGUGAAUCUCCUUUGCAAGCCACUACCCAACCAGGAUCCCUUCUUAGUGGCAUUCUUCCUGGAUCAACUGGAACUGAUAGUCCAGCUAAAGGUCUUCUGUCAAUGUUUAGUGAGCCUUCCCCUCAGUCUAGUGAGACACCUUCCACAGCUGCUUCCACCACAAGUACUACAGGAACUCAACAAGGAACCAUAAUAGAACCUAAAGCUGACAUUACACCUCAAAUUGAUACAACAAAGCCAUCCAAUGAGUCCACUGAUGCCACUCUACAAGUGUCUCAAGGCCAGGUUGAACCUACCCUUGAGGCUGCUUCUCAAGGAGCUCCCCCACCCAAAGAGACUCCAGCCACAAGUUUAUUGUCUAUGUUUGGUGGAUCAGGCCCACAAAGUGCUCCCUCCCAGGUUGGAUCUCUUCUUGGCGGGAUCCUGCCUGGAUCAACAGAAUCAAAAGACAUACCAGGCAAAGGGUUGUUUUCUAUGUUCUCUGGUCCAAGUCCUCCAUCGGGUCCUGGACAAGCAGGCCCUGCACCAGGAGCAUCAUAUCCCUCAAAAGAGCCACCUGGUAAAGGAUUGUUCUCCAUGUUUGGUGGACCUGCUCCCCAGCAGAGUGCAUCUCAAGCUUCAUCGUUAUUCGGAGGAAUGUUUGGGGGCCCCAGUCCUGAAAGUGGUGCACCCAAGUCUGGAGCUUUUGGCCUGUUAGGAUCAUUUAUGGAAGAGAAGAAACCAGAGCCCCCAAAACCACAGGAUGUUACUACAGCACGUGUGGCUCCAGUGCCAGGGAAAACAGUUCCAGAAGAACAGAAGAGCCAAAUAGUUACUGUACGAACACAAAUGUCAAUGUCUCAAGCACCAUCAAGCACCAGGGACAUCUUUCCACUCCAGGAACCAUCAUCUGUUAUACCUGGUCGGACAGAUGUAAAAGAUGCAAGGAGUGAUUCAUUAGACCAGGUUUCAGACAAACCCCUUUCUUCUUGUACCCCUGAGACCACGUCAGAGCCAUCGAUAAAAACAGAAACACCAACCUCAAAUUUGCAAUCCAGUACAACUGUCACACCACCUAAUCAAGAGGCAAAACCUCAAAUCACUCAACCCCCAACUGCUCGUGCACAAAAUGAACAGAUGCCUGCUGAUGCAGCAAAAACUGUGUUAGACUCUUCUGCCGACGUAGUCUCAGGUUUCAUGUCAAAGAUGUUCUCUGGACCAAGUGCCCCAUCAGCAGCACCUUCAACUGGGUUUUUCUCUCAGGCUCAGUCCUCAUUUUUCAAGUCAGCAACACCUCAAGCCCCAGCUCCUCAACAACAACAACAGCAGAAAUCCUCUCUGUUUGGCUUCACAAGCAGUUUACCAACUGAUUCCAUAAAAAGUGACCUCUUCGGCAUGUUCAAAGCACCCGAGCCACCGAAACAGCCUCAGCCAAGACAACCCCCUUCAGCUGCACCUCAGACUAGAGCUAAACCUGCAAAUGAUCCCCAAAAUCAGGGGCCAACUUCCGCUGGCUUUCCAGCAGCACCUCUCGCUGGGAAGGAGCCAGUAAAACAAGACACUGGAGUCAGCCAGACAGCACCUUCUGACGCAACAUCCACUGCUCCAGCAGGGUUAGCACCUUCAGCACAGGCCACUGAUAAAGAUAAAACAGCCACCAUCGAGGGAGAUGUCAUCCACGAGAAGCCUAUUGUUAUCAUAGGUGAACCUGAUAAAGAUACAGACAAAUCUGGGCUUCCAGUUGAAAGUAUCCCUUGUGAAACGCCAACAGCCCAGCAGUCCCAAACAUUAGAGCCACCACCAACAAAAUCAGUGUUUGAAAUGCCUGGUCUGUCUGGUUCUGCAUUUGGAUUUUUGGCUGGUUCAGGUGAGGCUGGAAAAUCUCUUGGGUCAUUAUUUUCCUCCCCUCCCACAGUCUCUCAAGCAGAUGGAAGUGAUCUUCUGUCUGGGUUUAAAACGUUCUCGACUGGCCUCUUCCAGGAGGAAAAGCCUGAUGCAGCAAAGGACCAACCUCCAGCUGCCUCUUUCUUUGGAGCUAAACUAGGCUUCCCCUGGCAGAAAGAGACUCCCAUGCCUUCCAAACCACAAGAGCCUGUUGUUGUAACAACACAACCAAAAGCUAAGGACGAUAAGACUGUCAUAACAAAUGGCACACACGUUACAACAGACUCUGAAAGAUUCAUAAAAGACAGUAAUGAGGUUAAGGAAGGUUCUGUAGCAGAUAAGAUUUUGAAAGAUGAAAUGUUAGCCUCCACCAAUAGCAUUGAUAAACCUGAGAUCUAUGUAUCCACACCCAAGAUAGACCCCCUACAUUCCUCAUUCCUAAAGGAGAAGGACCCCCUUUGCGACUCCACUCCAGAUUUUUCAUCAGGAAUGCGGCAUGACAAGGAUCUUUUGAGUUCUAAAAGGCUAGUAGCAGCAUAAUAAAUGGUUACUCCCAACCAUUUAUAAUGCACUUAAUGUAGACAAAAAGUCCUAACAUAGUUUACCAAAAGUCAUUUUAGGAUGUUAUGUCAUGUGUGUCUAUGUUUUGUGUGUACGUCUAGUUUGCAAGAUCCCCCGAUUGUGUUGUUUCAUGUGCCGUGUGUCAUUCAUUUCUGUAGCAAAUUUACUGCGUGAGAUAGAUUUACUAGUCAUGCACAGUUUAUAUUCAUUACAAAAAUAAGUGUAUUUCAUUAAAGUGCUUUCUAAUACUCACUCUUUGUUUCCCA